UUCCCGUUUUCCCUGGCACACCUACGUAUAUUUUAAAUCACAAUGGAGAGAGGCAGCGUUCUCGGUCGGAAUACUGUCCGUCGGACUGCACGUCAUACCCGGCGAAGGCGUUCAACCGGAGGAAUCGAAGGCAACGGGAGCAAGACUUUCGACGUGCAAAAGGUGGAGAAACCCCCGGAGAACAGGACCUUACAGCAACGGGUCUUCCUCUACAUCCAGCUGAACGAGUUGACCAAGCUGCCGAAGACGGACUAUCCUCUGGAGCUGCACCUUUACCAUCCGAAGAACACGCUGCAGAAGAUGCAGGAACGCUACACCACAGAGACCAUCAUCUACCAGCACGAGUUUAACCUGAAGAAGCCGGUAUUCGCAUUGGGAGUCAUGCAGGACGAUAUCGAGGAUAUGAAUACGUUCAGUGAUCAGCCGCUGUUGAUUUCCCUCUACCAAAGGAUUCCCAGACGUCGAAAGGGGGGAAGAAAAAAAUCCAAGAAAGCUGUCUCAUCGACUUCGCAGGAAGUGAGUCAAUCGAAUACAGGGGCUUCGGAGAAUGGUGAAAAUGUUCCGAGGAAGUCUUAUCCUGACGCCGAAGAAGCUGGGGAGGAAGGUGAGGGAGGUAACUUUUCGGAGGAGCGACUGGAACUGUUGUCCCGCGGUCAUUGUGAUCUCUUGCAGCUUUUCCAGCGACGCCGCUUCAUAAGCGACAUAACCAUCUUCCUGUACCCGGAGUACCACACCUUAUCGAAGGCAAAGGCCCAUGAUAAAAUCACCUCGUGCAGCGUUUGGCACAUGUAUUCCAUACUGCCCAUCCUGAAGAACUUUAACUUCACCAAUUUGGCCUUUCUGACCCUGGAAUCCAUUUACAACGUUCCAGAGGAACUGCAUCCCUUAUCCGCCGACCUGGGCCUAAGUGUUUCCUUCCGUGCCAAGGAACCGGAGGGAGACAGCCUUACCUUCAGGGUGAUUCCUCUGUGCACCUACUCGGGAUUUAUAUCGCAGAUUAUCAGCGACCAGAACACCAGCAUCGUGUGGGAGGACAUCAAGAGGGACCUGCACCCCAAUAUGCACCUAAGCUUCAACCAAAUGGAGACAAACUCGAGGAUAAAGCUGCCAAAGUUGUUUCGCCUGUUGCUAUGGGAGCAGGACGUCGACUUUCAGAUUCACAAGAUCGAUGCCGUGACUGACUUGGCCCUGAUCAACAACUCCCUGCACCGAUUCGUACUCACCGAGGAUAUGCGAAAGAUCCUUGAGCAGGCUGUGGUGCACAAUGACUACGAGUUGCUGCUGCAACUGUACCAGGAGACAACCAGUAAUGUCCUGUACGAGGGAGUGCUCAAUCCGAGCAUCUUUGGCUACCCAGGCGUAAACUACUGCCGCUUUGCAGUCCACCUAAAGCCCCUUUUCGAACCGGAAAUCAAACUUAGCAUACCGAGAAGUACCCUGGAAAUGGGCCCCAUGUUCUGCACCUUCAAAAUUUGCUUCUUUCAGCCAAUUUGCGAGCGCAACGAACCCCUUGACAAGUACAAUGAGUGCCUCCUCAAAAGGGCAAAGCUGCGACGAUGUUUCGAUAUGGAAUUCCUCAAGGAGGACGAGGACGAUGUGGAUGUGUGUAUGGAGCUGUAUAGGGCCUUCGAUGAUCUCAUCUCCGAUACAAUAGGCUUCAUAGUCAAGAGGGGUGUGCAAGACAUCGAGGAUAAAAAGGACUAUUUCUGCUGCCACCUGGGCAACCUCUGCAAUCUGGUGUUGAAAAUCUGUGGCUGCGACUUUAACGUACGCAUGCCAACAAAAUCGAACAUAGAAUUCAGAGAAAUGCUGACCCACAUGUACAAGGAGUUGAUGGAUCGUAUUGAGGGCAUAGUAACUGCCUGCAACUGGAAAAAUAGUUUUGACUGUGCGACGCAUCAGGAUUAUGGGGAACACGGCUUGACCCGGCUGAUGAAUGAAAUGCGUCUGGUCAGCCACUCCGGGCAGAGGGAUUUGGCCAUUCAUAUAUUCGAGGAAAUCGACAAAAGCACCCCAAACCGCAUUAUAUUUGACUUUGUUACCCUGAUAAACAGCGUCGAAACCCUGCAGUUUGAACAAGCUGCUAGGUAUUUCAUGAAGCCCAGGACCAGCGAUUGGAGUGGACAUUACUUCACAUUGCUUAUGCAGCUCUAUAUUAACUACAUGAUGGAUCUAAGAUCCCCAGAUGAAGAAGUUCUAAGCACGGCAAAAACGAAUAUGAUCGAGAGUUUGCGCCAAUUCGCCGAUAAGAACAGGCUGGAAUCGGAGAUCUGGAUUCUGUUGUACUGCUAUUACAGGGAAGCUGAUUAUUUGCCAGGGAUGGAGUUCACGCGUUGGAAAUUUCAGAAUCUCCAUGAAAUUUCUUCAAAGACUCUAGCCUUUACCCCCACCUCCCUUUAUGAACUGUACCUGCCAGUCGACUUCGAAUUGAGGAGCUCGUGCACCCCGAUGAACACUCAGUUCUAUCCAGUUUUUAAGCUGUUUGCUCGCUUGGGAGCGUACGCCUUUGCCGAAAUGGUUUUUUCCGUCGUAGAGCAGUGUUUUUCGGAAGCUGAUGUCUAUCUUAUAAAGACCACUCUAAAGAUUCUUCAGCGACAGAUUGAUAGUAAGUUUAGAAUUAUUAAGAUGCCUACGGACAACAGUGUGCAGGGAAAGUUGAAACGCUGUUACCAACUGCACAUCAAUGGCAGUGUGGAAUAUUCCCGUGGACGCUGCGACGAAGCUCUGAAGUAUUUUGAGGAAUUGUAUUUAGUAACGGAUCCCAGUGACAGGUCAUUGUUUAAACUGAGUUUCCUGCGUCUCGGUCAAUUGGCCUUUGAAAGGGAAAAAUUCGAUUUGUCCGAAAGGGCCUACGACAUCUGCUUGCCUUGUAGUCAAAGGCGCAAGAACUUUACGGCAAACUAUGGAAAGGGCCUGGCACUUUAUCAUCAAAAUCGACUGGAGGAAGCGAUUCCCUUUCUGUCUCGCUGCACUGAAAUCGACAUCUUUGUUCCCGAUGUCUGGGGUUAUUUGGCCACCAUUAACCUGAGACUAAACAAAAAUAAAACUGCCUUGGAGUGCUGGAAGGUGGCUAAAAUGUACCCUGAACUAAGCAUCAGCAAGAACGUGUAUGCCGAACUGGAUAAGAUUCAGUACUCGGAUAUCCAUCUGCUAGUAGAUGACGAUGGGAACCCAGCGGAAAAGAUGUUGAAAAUGGACUUUCUUCCUUUGUAAUUAAAAGCUUUAAAACCACCCAAGAAUAUAU